CCGAUGCUCACGUGGUUUGCAGUUUGGAGAAGAAACACGGGUGGUAGACUAGAGCCUUUGUUAAACGGACAGGGGAAAGCCCUUCAGGAGCUGCAGCAGCCAUUUGGUUGGAUAUACUGAGUCUCCCAAGUUAAUUAUGCAAGAAAUAGGAAAUAUUUUGUAACCCAGUUUCGAUACAGUCAUGUAUUUGAUUUCGUAUUUUUGGCCGUGGUCCCACGUGCUUUCUCUUUCUUCGCUUCUGACAAACGGUACUGCGUUGUAAACUAUUCGAUCAAUGGGAGGCUGACCAAGUCAACAGCAUUUCCUGUUAGUUCCCACCGCGUUUUUUUUUUAAAAAUACCUCAGUAUGCAUUCAUUAUCUGGGACAAGAGCAGAAGGAUAUGGGACAUCACCUCUUGAGACUGUGCUGAGUACAUAAUGUUGAGGCUGCAAAGUGUUCUGCAGGGAUAAUGUGAGCUGUUAGGCCAGACUGCUGGCAAAGGCUUGCAUUAUGAUGUGGUAGCCAGAAACCGAGGGUCUUGGACUCUGGAACCAACUUCUAGAAGUAUGAAAGUUCUCAUCAGUGCAUUAUACAAAAAGCUUUUGUGUUUGCUUCCUCAUCGUGGACUUCUUGGUUCUUGCUUAAAUCCUUGUCAUCACUUGCGAAGACAGUAUUCCUGUUCUAAGAACGAUCUGGUUACGGCUGCUGAUCUGGUCAGCUACUGGCAAGAUGUGUUUGAAGCAAACAAUAUCCCUGAAGCCCAGGCAUCUUCUGAGUAUAUUGUUUCUCAUGUCCUGGGAGCAAAAACAUUCCACAGCUUGAGUGCCAGCAGCAUCUCGACUCCGCUCUCAGCAGGGCAACGGGAGCAGGUCCAGCAGCUAUGUACAAAACGGUUACAAAGAAUGCCUGUCCAGUAUAUCCUUGGUGAGUGGGAUUUCCUGGACCUGACACUCAAGAUGAAACCUCCAGUUUUCAUUCCUCGGCCAGAGACAGAGGAGCUAGUUUCCCUUGUCGUGGAUAAUGAAUACAGGAAAAUAUUGCCUUCAGCAUGCCUCAAGAACAUCCAGCAGCCCCCAGAUCCUUUUGGCCCUGUGAUUUUGGAGAUUGGCUGUGGAUCAGGAGCCAUUGUGUUGAGUCUCCUGAGAAAGCUGCCCCAGAGCCGGGCAAUUGCCAUAGAUAAAUUAGAAGCUGCUGUGAAACUCACCAAGGAGAAUGCUGAAAGGUUACAGCUGCAGAAGCAGCUAAAAAUUAUUCAUCAUGAUGUCUCUUCAAGUUCCUGGAAAUGUUUGCUGCCUUGGGGUUUGGUAGAUACUAUAAUCAGUAAUCCACCUUACAUUUUCCAUGAAGACAUGAGUCACUUGGCGGCAGAGAUCCUUCGCCAUGAGGACCUUGGAGCCCUAGAUGGAGGACAUGAUGGGCUGAAUAUUAUCAAAGAAAUUCUAAACCUGACUCCUUACAUCCUCAAAGAUUUUGGGAGUGUAUUUUUGGAAGUUGACCCCAGGCACCCAGAGAUGGUAAAGAACUGGCUACAUUGUCACCCUGACUUAUUCCUCUUUGUAUCUGCCACCCACAAGGACUUCUGUGGAAAGCCAAGGUUCUUACAUAUCAAAAAAUAUGAGAGAAGAUCAUGAAUAGUUCUGUCCUCCCGCUAUUGCUGUCCUGCUGGAUGAGUCCGUUGUUUCAUUCUGAAUGCUGAAACAGGUAUUUGAGCCCCUGUUUCACUUCCUGUUUCACUACCAGGGUAUAAUUUCACACAGCCACUUCUUUCAUGAUGAACAGAUCAUGUGCUGCCUACAACUGAUUGACAUUUCAUGGAUGGCAAUGCCUUGCCAGUAAUGGACAGUACUCAAGAAAGUUUCAGACUAUCAGGCUGUCACAUUAUCAUACUUCUCCUACUUUUAGCCUAACUGUAUCCAUUUUUGACAGUGACUUUUACUAACAAGUGCUUUACAUCAAGAGCAAGUUCAAGACAUACAUCUGAAUUUGGCUGUACAACCUUCAUGAAUCCCACACUGUCUGAUCCACAAAACUACAUUCUACUGUAAGCCUUAGGGAAAAAAUGAAUGUUUGCAUGGGAUGGGAGGAAGAAUUAAACUUUGCAAUUACAAAUCUGGCUUUGUUAAGAAGAAGAAGCGUUGACAAGUGCAUACCUGGAAGCAGGCUACCCUUACCAUGUUUCUGACUUUAUUUCUGUUUAAUAUAGGAAGACUGGAAGCAGUCUUAUUUCUGUUGAUCUUUUAGAGCACCCAUUGUAAAUGCUUCCAGAAAUGCAUGUUCAGGGCAAGAUGAACAAUUCAGUGGGUGUGUAACAUGUUUCAGAUUUUUUGGGGAUGUGAGGGUGAAACUCUUGGACUGUGGAGUUUAGCCCCAUGGGUUAGCAAAGUGCCUGGGGUCACCACUACGAAGUGUUUAGGUCAUUGCAUGUAAUAAUUUUUGCAUUAUAAUGAAUGUCUAUCUCUGUAUAAAUUGAUUGCGGUGAAUUUGCAUUAACUCUUGGGUCAGUUUCAUUGUGAUGAUUUAUCUAGUGGUUGUUGAAAAAGAGGGAAAGAGUCAGAAACCAGGAGGAAUGUCUGAAGGAGCAAGCGAUGAAUUUGCUGAAGGAAAGAACCAAAGCAGAUUGUAAAUAAAUGAGUGGUUUCAUUCUA